AUGGUAUUUGAUUGUUCUAGGGGAUAUGAACGUCAGUUUAAUAUGACACCAACUUCAAAAGAAUUAAUUGUUAUUUAUAAAUGUAAUACGAUAAAUGAUUGUGCAAUGGAAUAUAUUCAGCAGUAUUACUCUGAAUUUGUCACAGAUCGUCCAAGUUUAGAUGAACUAAAACCAUUACUUUUCGAUACUAGCAACACAACAGUCCGCGAAGCUCUCAAAUGUAGUGGUAAGUCAGACAUAUCUACGACAUGUCGAUCAGAUGAAGUAUGUAGAUCAGUGACAAGAAAUUAUCCUCAAUUUUCGAUCACCCGAGAUUGCAUUAAACAAAUAAAUGAAGUUUACUGGUUUUACAGCACAGAUGAAACAUCAAAUCCGGAUGAUUAUACCUAUAUUAGAAAAAUUGAAUGCAAUAAAGAUAAUUGCAAUAGUGAUGCUACAGUUGAGAAAGCAGUGAGAUAUAUGUUUACUCUUUAUCAUCAGCUACAAACAACAAGACGACCACUAACUACAACAUGGAGUCCAAAUGUUGGAUCAUGUUUGAUAAAACUUGAUGCGUGUUUCUCAUAUUUCAUAAUAUUCAUGGUACGAUUAUUCAACAAGCAAAUAAUAUCUUGA